GGACCAGAUUAUUUAUUUGUCUUCACUCUCCCUCCCCCUAUCACCAUUCCUUUUACAACACCCGCCCCCAUCUAAUUUAAUACCCUUCCAUCAUCUGUUCUUCUUGUAUUGACUGCAAAUAUCCGCAAAUAUGCUGUCCUCAAGACUGUCAAGAGCUCUUCCCAGAGCUUCAUCUACCGCCACACGUUCAGCACAACUCCUCCGCAGACCAUUUAGCUCUUCAUUUGUUCGAUAUGCAGAAGAAGAUGAAAAGAAGGUUAGAGGUCCCGUCAUCGGUAUUGACUUGGGUAAGUUGUUUCCACGUAGCGCUUCGACAAAAAUUUGAUCGCAUGCUCAUGUCCUCUCCAGGUACCACAAACUCCGCCGUAGCUAUUAUGGAGGGUCAGACUGCCAAGAUCAUCGAGAACUCAGAAGGUGCCCGAACAACACCCUCAGUUGUAGCUUUCGCGCAAGACGGCGAGCGAUUAGUUGGUGUGUCAGCAAAGCGUCAAGCAGUGGUCAACCCAGAGAACACACUCUUUGCCACAAAGCGAUUAAUCGGACGCAAGUUCACUGAUGCCGAGGUUCAACGUGAUAUCAAGGAGGUCCCAUACAAGAUCGUCCAGCACACAAACGGUGACGCGUGGGUCUCUGCACGUGGCCAGAACUACUCUCCAUCUCAAAUCGGUGGUUUCAUCUUGCAAAAGAUGAAGGAGACCGCCGAGUCAUACCUCACCAAGCCUAUCCAAAAUGCCGUCGUCACUGUCCCUGCCUACUUCAACGACUCUCAACGACAAGCAACCAAGGAUGCUGGUCAAAUUGCUGGUCUGAACGUUCUCCGUGUUGUCAACGAACCAACUGCUGCCGCUCUCGCCUAUGGUCUCGACAAGGACCAGGACAGAGUCAUUGCUGUGUACGAUUUGGGUGGUGGAACCUUCGAUAUCUCCGUUCUCGAGAUCCAGAAGGGUGUGUUCGAGGUCAAGUCAACCAAUGGUGACACUCACUUGGGUGGUGAGGAUUUCGAUAUCCACCUUGUCCGCCACAUUGUCCAGCAAUUCAAGAAGGAUUCUGGCAUCGAUCUUUCCAACGACCGCAUGGCUAUUCAACGAAUUCGUGAGGCUGCUGAGAAGGCCAAGAUCGAGUUGUCCUCUUCCCAGCAGACCGACAUCAACCUUCCCUUCAUUACUGCCGACUCCUCUGGACCAAAGCACAUCAACACCAAGCUUUCUCGAUCACAACUUGAGAAGCUUGUUGACCCUCUCAUCAGCCGAACUAUCGAGCCCGUACGAAAGGCAUUGAAGGAUGCCAACCUCCAAGCCAAGGAUAUCCAGGAGGUUAUCUUGGUCGGUGGUAUGACUCGUAUGCCCAAGGUUGCUGAGUCAGUGAAGAGCAUCUUCGGACGUGAGCCAGCCAAGUCUGUUAACCCUGACGAGGCUGUUGCCAUGGGUGCUGCCAUCCAGGGUGGUGUUUUGGCUGGUAACGUCACCGAUGUCCUUCUGUUGGAUGUCACCCCUCUCUCUCUCGGUAUUGAGACCCUCGGAGGUGUCUUCACUCGUCUGAUCAACCGAAACACCACCAUCCCUACCAAGAAGUCACAGGUCUUCUCAACGGCCGCCGAUUUCCAGACUGCUGUCGAGAUCAAGGUCUACCAGGGUGAACGUGAGCUUGUCCGUGACAACAAGAUGCUUGGUAACUUCCAGCUCGUUGGUAUCCCACCUGCCCACCGAGGAGUUCCCCAAAUUGAGGUCACCUUCGAUAUCGAUGCUGAUGCGAUCGUCCACGUCCACGCCAAGGACAAGUCUACCGGAAAGGACCACUCUAUCACCAUCGCUUCAGGAUCCGGUCUCUCUGAACAAGAGAUCCAGAACAUGGUUGAUGACUCCGAGAGAUAUGCUGAGCAAGACAAGGAGCGCAAGGCAGCCAUUGAGGCAGCCAACCGAUCCGACAGUGUUCUGAACGACACAGAGAAGGCCUUGAACGAGUUCGCUGACAGACUCGACAAGGCGGAGGCUGACCAAAUCCGUGAGAAGAUCAACUCUCUCCGUGAGUUCGUCACCAAGAGCCAGUCUGGUGAGGGCACCGCUACUGCCGCUGAGCUGAAGGAGAAGACCGAUGAGCUCCAGAUGGCCAGUCUGAACCUCUUCGACAAGAUGCACAAGGCCCGUGCUGAGUCAGGUGAGGCUCAACAGGCUGAGGCCAACCCAUCAGAGGGUGAGGCCAAGGAUGGUGAGAAGAAGCCGUGAAAGAGCAGCUAGAUGGGUGCAUCCAUUCCUUUGACCAAUCGGCGUUUCGGGCGGUUCGCAUUAGAAACCUCCCAUACUGUAUUCAAUUGUACUUAUAAGUCGUACUUGGCGACUCUUCUCUGUUGCUAUACCUAGUUCACGUUGUUUCAUCAUAGCUUUGGGACCGAGGCG